AUCUAUUCCUUUCCAUUAUGCUACUUAUGUAUUAUUAGGAAGUAUAUAUAAAAAUAAAUGCACCAAAACCCUGGCUCACGAACGGCUCAGGUAUCUUCAUUGUAAGCUUCCGCUAAUUAUCCCUGGCAUUUUACUUCUGGUUGGUUAUCCUGGCCUUUACCCGCCUCUUUUGCCGUAAUUAUUUGGUCGUUGGGUAUUGCUUGAAAAACCCCUUAAAAGUAAUCAGCGGCAGUUCGCAUUCGGGCGGUAGCACAGCUUACUCCGGUGGCAUCUUCGGGUCAUUCUUUCGUUCAGGUACAAAUUUCCUGACAUUUACUUGGCAUAGUGACAAUGAGCAGCCGAGCUAGUCGAACUUUAUAUGUUGGCAAUCUACCUGGUGAUAUUAGGGAAAGGGAAGUUGAAGAUCUCUUUUAUAAGUAUGGUCCUAUUGUUGAUAUCGAUCUGAAGAUUCCCCCUAGACCUCCAGGCUAUUGUUUUAUUGAGUUUGAGGAUGCCCGUGAUGCAGAAGAUGCAAUUCGUGGUCGCGACGGGUAUAACUUUGAUGGAAAUCGUUUGAGGGUUGAGCUUGCACAUGGAGGUCGAGGACAAUCUUCAUCUGCUGAUCGUUACAGUAGUUACAGCAGUGCUGGUGGGCGUAGUGGGGGAGUCUCCAGACGAUCUGAAUAUCGCGUUCUUGUUACAGGUCUACCCCCAUCGGCAUCAUGGCAGGAUUUAAAGGAUCAUAUGCGACGGGCUGGCGAUGUUUGCUUUUCUCAAGUCUUUCGUGAUAGCAGUGGCACAACUGGAAUUGUGGACUACACAAACUACGAUGACAUGAAAUAUGCUAUCAGGAAGCUUGAUGAUUCUGAAUUUAGGAAUGCAUUUUCUCGAUCUUAUAUAAGGGUAAAGGAGUACUUGUCAAAGAGGAGUGUUUCUAGGAGCCGCAGUGGCAGCUACAGUCGAAGUCCUAGCAGGUCUGUGUCACGGAGCCCCAGCAGGAGUCGGAGUCGAAGUAAAGGCAGGAGUCCUGUUGGUAGACGUGGUCGGAGUUUGAGUCGUAGCGUCAGCCGCAGUAAAUCACCGAAGUUUAGAUCAGUAUCUCGUUCGAUAUCAAGGUCACGAUCAAGGUCUCCAUCACUUCCUCGCACUCGACCUCGACAUCGUUCUGUAUCUAGAUCAGUGUCCAGGUCCAGGUCCAGGUCUAGGUCCCCCCAGCACUCACCAUCUUCGUAUAAACCUAGAACUCGGAGCCCCAAGAGUAGAAGCCCUAGUAGGAGUCGUAGCCCCAGUGGGAGCCGCAGCCGAUCCUUUUCUCGUUCACCUGUAAAAUCAGGACGAAGCCGAUCAGCAACUUCUAGAGGGGAUUAAUUAUUAUUUUGUCCAAGACAUUUAAGUCUGGAAUGUCUAUGGGGUAGAGAAAUGAAGAGUGUAUCUUGAUUCUCCCAUAUUUUAGGAUGAGGCAUAAGUUUUUUUCUCGGAGGGAGAUGAUGUUGAGUUACUAAUGGAACAAUUCUUGACGUAUCCUAUGAUUGUGCCAAAUUAUGCAUACAUGUAUUAUUGUUUGAACUUACAAUGGUUAUCUGGCUCACACGGAUAAUCAAAUUUUUUGUUUUACCAGUUAUAUAACUUAUUUGACUUGUAUUCUUAUUUAAUACUCUUCAUAAAACUUGAAAAAUUGGCUCCA